AUGCUUCGACGGACGAUCGCCGACUGCGCGCGCUCGGCGCGGAUGAACUCCACCGCGCUCGCGUUCUCUCGCGCUCAAACGCGCGCGUACGACAAAAAGGUUGUAGAGCACUUUGAUAACCCAAGGAACGUUGGUUCGUUCGAUAAGAAGGACAUGAACGUCGGGACGGGGAUCGUCGGCGCCCCAGCGUGCGGCGACGUGAUGAAGCUUCAGAUUAAGAUCGACGAAGAGGGCAACAUUGUGGAUUCUUGCUUCAAGACAUUCGGAUGCGGGAGCGCCAUCGCGUCGAGCUCGGUGGCGACGGAAUGGAUCAAGGGCACGCACAUGGACGAGGCGGUGACGAUCAAAAACCAAGACAUAGCGAAACAUCUCAACUUGCCGCCGGUGAAGCUGCACUGCUCCAUGCUCGCCGAGGACGCUAUUCGCUCCGCAGUGGCGGACGUCAAGGCUAAGCGCGAGGCGUCGGCACAGGCGAAGGCCGCGUGA